AUGGUCGAACAUAUCCUGGAAUAUAAUAAUGACUUUCAAAUACAAAACAUCGAUAAUGAUUUAUCAGAUGGUAAUGAAUUAUCUUAUCACCAUAAAGUACACAGUAUAUUCGAAUAUUACGAUUGGGAUGAAAUAAUAAAAAUUAUUGAUCAUAUGAAUUCAAAAGCUAAUAUGACAUUUGUUGCUCGUGAAAUAGCUCAAGUACAGAAAGAAAACAUUCUAUCAAUGCGACGUUACUUAAAAAAAGAAAAACUUAUAAUGCGUGCAUCGUACGAAGGUUACUCGUUUCAUACAUAUUUAGCGAAAGAAUUUCAAGAAAAAGCUUCGAAUUAUAUACAGCAAUCAGGUAUUUAUCAAUUUAUUAAUGAAAUCGAUAUUAAAAAUUCAACGAUUAGUCACAAUUGUUUAAACAAUAUCAUACAAGAAGUUGAAACGACAUUAAAUCAAUUAUUGUAUUCCAAAUCAAUUAAUUACUAUCAAUAUGUAUUUAUGGAUCCAAAACGAAUUCAUAUACAAUUAAAUUAUUUACAUUUUGUACCGGAUACAUCUGAGAAAGGUGACCCACUUCAACCUAUUAUCAUCUGUAAAAAUGGACCGACCUUUAACAUAGCACUUUAUCUUAAUCGUAUACUUUGGAGAAUAUUUAAUCAAGUGACAGGUUGUCAGAAAUUUAACAAUAGUGAUAAUCUUGUUCAUACAUUGGAACAAUAUGCAAACAAUAAUUUUCUUGAUGAAACUACUCUUUUUGUGGCCUUCAAUAUCAAUGAUAUUUGUAAUCAAUUUUCUCAUGAAAAUGUUAUUAAAACUUUAACAAAGUUUCUUCAUAUAUAUUGGUCAGAUAUAGAAAAAAACGUUGAAGGUUUACGAGCAGAGACUAUUGUUGAACUUGUCUGGCUUGUUUUAAAAAAUCAAUAUUUUGUUUAUGACAAUAAACUCUACCAACAAGUACAUGGUGGUGCUUCUGGUUCACUGUUGACAAUUCCUUUGGCUUGUAUUUAUCUAUUCUACGGGCAAUGCUCUUGUUUCAUAUAUACUCUUGUAAAAAAUCGAAACGAACUUUUUGGCAGAUUUCGUGAUGAUUUUUUUCUUACAUGGAGUGAUUCGAAAGAUCAAUUGGAAAUAUUGAUGAAUGAAGUUAUGGUGAAACAGGAACAAUCUCCAACUAUUCUUCCACUCAAAAUAAUGAUUGGAACUACAAUAAAUCGACUUGAUCUACAAUUAACAAAUGAGAAUGGCCAUCUUAUUACAAAAAUCUAUCAUGAUCCAGAUAAAGAUGAAUAUGAACUACCCAACAAAUACGAUUAUUAUACCAAUCGACCGUCAAGUUUAUUGAAAGCUGCUCUUAAACAUGCUAUACGAUGCUGUUCGAAAGAAGUGGAUUUUCAAAAGGAACGACAACAUAUUGAACUUUGUUAUUUAAUUCGAGGUUUUUCAUUGGAUUUUAUUGCUCAAUGUGUUGAAGAAUUUUACAAAGAAUUUGAUGUUAACCUCGAUAAUGAUCAUUUAUUCAUUACUAUUCCAUAUGAUACACUUCGACAACGUGUUAUUAAAAUGUAUGAAAAUGAAAUUGCAUUAAAAAAACAACAAGAAAUAAGCAGCAAAAAUAUUCUACGUGUUCCAUAUCCAGAGAACUUCAACGAUCCGUCGGCUAACAACGACCUAUUCAAUGCUAUUGAAAUUGAAUUCGUGCCAUGUUCACAAACGCCAUUAACUAUCAAUGAUUAUUUAGUAGAGAAACGACCACUUCUAUAUGAAUUAUUCGAAGAACCCGAACAGUUGGAACAACAAUCAGAAGAAAACAAACAAAUCAAAGAAGAAUAUGAGCAAGAAAGCUUAGAAUUUUUUCUAGCUGCUGAUCAAUAUGAUCAAAAUUACUUUCAAUAUUUGGCCACACUUACUUCUCCACAACCAAUCGAUCGUAAAGAAUAUAAUUCACAAGAUUUCUCAACUGAACACUUACAAACAUUCGAACAAUCUCAACAACGUGAAUUCCACGCACAACAUAGUCUUGCCGAAUCAUUACAAUAUUUAAGAUUUAAUGACCAACAGACCGAUUCAGAUUUAGACACGAUGAAAUUUUAG